AUAGUCCAAAAUAGUUGCAAUGCCCUGCGCCCGAAAGCGCGUGCAGUUCCUUUCCGGGAAUCAAAAUCUUCUACAUGGGGUUGAGAUUUGUCUCACAAACAUUUCUCUCUCUCUUCUUUUAUUUUGUUAUAGGAGUAUUAUUUUUAGGGUAAUAUUCUUUUAUUUUUGUUUUUGUAAGCAUUAUUUUGGAUGGGCACCCAAAAGCUAUUGACUCUAUUAAGAGUGUGCAUCAGUUCUAAGUCAUUGAAACAAGGCAAACUCAUUCACCAGAAAGUAAUUACUUUAGGCUUACAUAACAACAUUGUCUUGUCCAAAAACCUCAUCAACCUCUACUUCUCUUGCCAAUUCUUUGAAUCUGCUAGGCUAGUUUUUCAAUCCAUUGACAACCCAUUAGAUAUUUCUUUGUGGAAUGGCCUUAUGGCAGCUUGCACCAAGAACUUCAUGUUCACUGAUGCUCUUGAGCUCUUUGAGAGGUUGUUCCACUUCCCUUAUCUAAAACCUGAUAGUUAUACAUACCCAAGUGUUCUAAAGGCUUGUGGUGGAUUGGGCAGAGUUGAUUAUGGUCAAAUGGUUCACACCCAUGUGAUAAAAAGUGGAGUUUUAAUAGAUGUUGUGGUUACUAGUUCUAUAGUGGGAAUGUAUGCAAAGUGUGGUAUGUUUGGCUUGGCAUUGCAAUUGUUUGAUGAAAUGCCUGAAAGAGAUGUGGCUUGUUGGAAUACUGUAAUCUCUUGUUACUAUCAAAAUGGGCAAUGUGAGAAAGCACUGGAGUUGUUUGAGAAAAUGAGGGUUUUUGGGUUUGAGCCUGAUUCAGUGACAAUUACGACUGCUAUAUCGUCGUGCGCAAGGCUUUUGGAUUUGGAAAAAGGGAAGCGAAUUCACAACGAAUUGAUGAAAAAUGGGUUUGUGUUGGAUGGUUAUGUUAGCUCUGCCCUUGUUGACAUGUAUGGAAAAUGUGGUUGUUUAGAGACGGCUAUGGAGGUUUUUGAGCAAAUGCGAACGAAGAGCUUGGUUUCUUGGAAUUCCAUUAUAGCAGGAUACAGUUCAAUUGGUGAUAGCAACUCAUGCAUUGAGCUAUUUGGAAGAAUGAAAGAAGAAGGAAUUACACCCACCUCAACCACGUUAAGCAGCUUACUUAUGUCUUGUUCUAGAUCAGCUGACCUCCUACUUGGAAAAUUUGUUCAUGGAUAUAUAAUAAGAAACUACGUGGGGACAGAUAUCUUUGUUAACAGCUCACUUCUUGAUCUGUAUUUCAAAUGUGGAAGUGUUGUCUCAGCUGAAAGUGUCUUUGAGAAGAUGCCAAGAACAAAUGUUGUAGCUUGGAAUGUAAUGAUUUCGGGAUAUGUCUCAGCCGGAUCUUACUUUCAGGCUCUUCGCAUCUUCAGUGACAUGAAAAACGCUGGAGUAAAACCAGACGCCAUUACAUUUACUACCAUCUUAACUGCUUGUUCACGGCUAGCAGCCUUAGAACAAGGUAAGGAGAUUCACAAGUGUAUCAUUGAAUGUAAGUUUGAAUCCAAUGAAAUAGUCAUGGGAGCUCUACUAGACAUGUAUGCUAAAUGUGGUGUGGUUGAUGAAGCUCUUCAUGUUUUCAGUCAAUUACCUGAGAGAGACGUUGUAUCAUGGACUUCAAUGAUCACGGCUUAUGGCACUCAUGGCCAACCUUUUGAAGCUUUGAAGCUUUUCAGUAAAAUGCAGCAAACCAAUACAAAACCAGACAGAGUUACUUUCCUUGCAUUAAUGUCUGCAUGUAGCCAUGCAGGAUUAGUGGAUGAGGGGUGUUAUUAUUUCAAUUCAAUGGUUGCUGAUUAUCGAAUCAAACCCACAGUUGAAGAUUAUUCAUGCUUGAUUGAUCUUCUUGGGCGUGCUGGGAGAUUGUGUGAAGCAUAUGGGAUUCUCCAAAGAACCGAAAGCAUCAGAGAUGAUGUUGGCUUGCUAAGUACAUUGUUUUCUGCAUGCCAUUUGCAUGGAGAAUUAGAAUUAGGGGAGGAAAUUGCAAGAUUUCUUAUUGAGAAGGAUCGCAAUGACCCAUCAACUUACAUUGUAUUAGCAAACAUGUAUGCUUCUGCCAAGAGAUGGGAUGAAGCACGCAAAGUGAGACUAAGGAUGAAAGAGCUUGGCUUGAAAAAGAACCCUGGCUGUAGUUGGAUUGAAGUUGGCAAGAGGAUCCAACCUUUCUUUGUUGAGGAUAAAUCACAUCCAGAAGCUGAGCUGGUAUAUGAUUGUCUAGCAAGUAUCGCGGUUCACAUGGAAAAGGAUGAACUGGAAUUGAAUUAGAUAUAAUAAAUAGCAUGUACUGUCUAGCACGAGGUGCUUGUAUUCAAAUUUCAAAUUGGACAGAAAUUUCUUCAUGAUGGAGCAACACAAAUGAGAAUUUUAGAGAAUGCAAGUGGUCAGCUUUACAAAUCUUUAGAGGCAAGGAGAUGCAUGAGAAAUUGUUUGGUUUCAUUAAUUUGAGUCCUGCUCAAAACUGAAGAGGCAAAAAUUAAUUGGUCCUUGAUUGGAUUAUAAAAUUCUCGAGGGCAUGAAAAUUGAUUAAUAGCCAUAAUUCAUAGCCUUUUUUUUGAACAAAGGUUUUGUUAUGGUAUUGGGUUUUGCAAAUGGAUCUUCCCAUUCGUCAAUGAAGACAACGCGCUCAACAAAAAACUCUUCGGAGGCACAGGGAGUUUGGUAGAAGAAUAAGUUACACUAGCAAUGUGAAAGAAUGGAGCCAGACUUCUGUGGUUCCAAGUAUCUCCUCAGCUGUCAGGCACUGGAGAACCUGAAGGUGAGUACAAUAUUUACUCUUCUAGUUUCAUCAAAUGACACCAGGAUUCAUAGGCCAGUGUUACAAAUAAACUUUUGACUGUCAUUUAAACACUUGGAAGUUGGAACUGAUUACAAUCAGCAUUUGUUGAUAGACAAAUUUUGUACACAUAUUUGUGACGAAGAUUUCCGUUUAACAAAUCCAAUUAAAUGAUAAGACACAUGAUGCUGUUGAAAUUCCAUUUCCUGCUAAAAAGAGGAGGAGGGGGGGAAGAAAAAUGAAAAAAAGAGGCAAACUAUGAAGUACACCCAGUUAAGUCCUUAAUAGAUGGGGGUUUGGGAGGGGUAGAUUGGGUACAUACAGACCUAAACAUUGACAUAAUUUGCUCAAAGUUGCCAUCACCUCAGGUUUGAACUCACAACCUCGACAGUGGUUAAAACUCGUCCUAUCAGCCUUGAGGUUGUGGGUUUGAUCAUGAGGGCAGUCACUUUGUGCAAAUAACGACGAAGGUUUGGUCUGUACCAAUUUAUCUCUUCAAGUCCUCAAUCCAAUGGGGACUAAACUGCAAACAACUUAAUAAAUACAUAUUUUAAGUAGGUAGGAGAGCAGAGAGAAUUUCAUUUUAACAAAUUAAACAUUAUUGAGUUGCUCAUUUAGUGCAGCUCCCAUAUUCAGGGAAUCAGUGCUAAACGUAUUUUCAGCAGCAUUUUCAGUCAUUUUAAUAUUCUUAUGAGCUUUGCAAGCAGCAAAUGAUAACAGGCCAGCACUCUCUUCAGUCAAAUAUGCAUGUUAGAGAUGAACUCUCAGCUUAUUCCAAUCGAAACUGACCUGACCUAGGACUUUGAAAUACAAUGUAACCUAAAGUGAAGUGCAUAAGAGGUACAACAUGCUAAACAAUAAAGAAAGAAUAAAGCACACUAAAUAAUUGUCUAUAGCAUGUUCAAAAGAAAUAAAUUAUGAGAGAAAUUAAUCCAAUAUAAUGUUUCUUAAUCAUUUACACCUAUCUCAAUUGUGUGGGAACAAUUUGGGACCUUUAGGGUAAUUUCACCCAGCGCAUUGUCCACCCACUAGGUCAAGAUUUCGUUUAGGAAUUUUCACCCAAGGGAGGUGUUGAAGUGGAGAGAGAAAAGAUAUUAGAAGAACAACCCUAAACCCGAGGUCCAGCUCUUCUAAUUAUUUAUAUUAAGAACAAUUUGGUACAUUUAGACAAAUACGCUCAACUCUCCCUUAAACUGGUGCAUAUAAAUUUUACAGUCGUGCUAGGGAGCUCGAAUCUGAGCUCCCCGAAUCCCCCUAAUC